AUGGCAAAAUGUAUGGAAGCAACUCUUAAUGCUGGUAACGAUUGUGGUAUCGGUCGACAAUCAUUGCUGGCAAACGGCAAAUGUUUUCAAUGGUUAUCCAAUCAAAGUCUAACCCAUGAACUGAAUAAUGGACGCAUUGCAGGACCGGGUGAAGUGCCGUUUGCCGUAUGGAUUGUUUACAGGGAUAAAUUCAUAGCCAGUCAUGGAUCGGGUGUCAUAUUAAACAAUCGGUGGAUAUUAACAGCAGCUCACGUAAUAUAUGGAUUUGCUAUUAGUGAUCUAACAAUCUACCCGGGCAAAUUGUUUAUCGAUUACAACGAUUAUGAAAAUGGUUAUAAUAUUGAGAAAACAGUUGUCCAUUACAAGUAUCCCAGGAGACGAUUCCCGGCUUACGAUAUGGCACUCAUCAAACUUACAGCUGACUUACCGCUUAGCAGCCAACUGUCCAUUAAUGGUCUUAACUAUCGGACUCUAUUGAACGGUAUAUGUUUGCCACCGUUGGAUGCACUCAAUAGCGAGGAUGAGUUGGCACUGAUGGCCGGUUAUGGUUUAGUAAACAGAAAUGAGAAAAGUGAUAGACUUAAAAUUGGUUACAUUAGGAUUAAGAAACCAUACAAUAAUGCCAGAGAUUUUUGGCGUAUGAUUAUACUCGGGGAACGGUAUCCAUCGUAUAAUGGGACAUUUUCAUGUGCGGGUGAUUCUGGUGCUCCAUUGUAUCAGUAUGUAAAUGGUAGGGCCGUAUUGAUUGGUAUAACUAAGGGCCGCAAUACUAUAACUUACAAAUGUGAUGAAAUCGUUGACAGUGUUUAUGUAGUGUUUGUGAGGAUAUCAUUGUUUGUCGAUUGGAUUAUUGAUAGCAUACAUAAUAAUGAUUUUAUUUAA